AUGAUUGCGUUGAUGACCAAUGUGCUGAUCAAUGUGCUGACCAAUGCCAUGACCAAAGUGCUGACCAAUGCCAUGACCAAAGUGCUGACCAAUGCCAUGACCAGAGUGCUGACCAAUGCCAUGACCAACGUGGUGACCAAGGUGCUGACCAGAGUGGUGAGCAAUGUGCUGACUAACGUGCUGACCAAAGUGUUGACCAAUGUGCUGACCAAAGUGUUGACCAAUGUGCUGACUAACGUGCUGACCAAAGUGGUGACCAACGUGCUGACCAAUGCCAUGACCAGAGUGCUGACCAAGUUGAUGGUCACGGCAGCGAUGACACGGUUACGGCAGCGAUGA